AUGAAACAAUUAUCAAAAUCAAUAAGAUAUGCUUAUUGGAAUACAAUCAAGGACAUCAAUCCUCUCUUUGUUGAAGCCUAAUAUGCUGUAAGAGGAUAAGUCCCUUCGAUGGCAGCCACAAUCCAAGAAGAAAUAAAUGCUGGAAAGAAAUAUCCCUUCGAUUCAAUUACUGAAUUGAACAUUGGUAAUCCAUAAACCUUUGGUCAAAAACCCAUCAGUUUCAAUAGAAGUGUUCUCUCUGCUAUGUUGGAUCCAAGCAUCUUGAAAUAUUAAUCAGGAGAUGUCCAAAGAAGAGUCACUUUUUACAAUGACAAAAUUGGAUUCCAAGUGGGUGCUUACAGUUAAUCACCUGGUUAUCCAAUAAUUAGAGAAGCAGUUGCAAAUUUCAUCUAGAAAAGAGAUGCUACCAAAAAUAGACCUUCUAUUAACGAUAUCAUCUUGACCGAUGGAGCAUCAUCAGGCAUAACCUUAAUGUUCAACUUAUUGCUCAAAGAUAAAAAUGAUGGCGUCAUGAUUCCAAUACCUCAAUAUCCUCUCUAUUCUGCAGUCAUAGCCCAAUGCGGAGCAUAAUAAAUACCCUAUUAUUUGGUAGAAGAAAAGAAUUGGUCAGCUGAAUAAUAAUAAUUAGAAGAGUAAUAUUCCAAAGCCAAAAGAAACGGAAUCAACCCAAGAAUAUUGGUAUGUAUCAAUCCAGGCAACCCUACAGGAUAGGUAUUUGAUAAGCAGAGCAUUGUAGAAAUGAUCAAGUUUGCGGCAGAAAAGAAGAUAACUAUCUUUGCAGAUGAAGUCUAUUAAGAAAAUAUCUAUGAUCCUAAGAAAAAAUUUAUCUCCUUCAGAAAAGUUGCCAAUGAACUUAAUUUGGAUGUUGAAAUAUAUUCAUUCCAUUCCAUCUCUAAAGGUAUUACUGGUGAAUGUGGUUUGAGAGGAGGAUAUAUGGAAAUUACAUCCAAGGUGGAUUCUGAAGUUCAUUUCCAAAUCCAUAAAUCCAAGACAAUUAUGUUAUGUUCAAACACAGUUGGAUAAUUGAUGACAGGAUUGAUGGUAACUCCACCAACUGUUGAAGAAGGUUGUUCUGAAUCCACAGUUUAAUAAUAUAAUGAGGAAUGCAAGGCACUAUUCACUAGUUUAUAAAGAAGAGCUGGCAUUGUGACUCAAUAUCUUAACUAAACUAAGGGUGUAUCUUGUUAACCAAUCGAAGGUGCUAUGUAUGCUUUCCCUAGAAUCUUCUUAUCAGAUAAAUAUGUAGAGCAUGCUAAGAAAUUAGGUUAUUAGCCUGAUGUCUUAUACUGUCUAGACCUACUCAAAGAAACUGGAUUAGUUGUUGUACCUGGCUCUGGAUUCUUACAAUAUCCUGGAACUUACCAUUUCAGAAUGACCAUCUUGAUUUUACCAGAAGAGAAACUUUUAGCCAAGAUGAAAGUAUUCCAAUAAUGGCAUGAAAAUUACAUGGCAAAAUUCUAAUGA